GGAGGGGCAGACAAACGGCAGGAGUGAGACCUCUGGGGAGAGGGAAAAGAAGGAGUAAGAGGCUUAGGGGGGUGGGGGGGAUCGCUGCGGUGGGAUAUCAGUGCGCCCCUCACACAGGGACUGCCAGGCCUACGAUACACAGGCGGAGCCCAUGGGCAUACACUAACCAUACAGACAGGGAGGCGGAGACUUUGCGGGAGGUACAUUCACUGACAGCUCCACAGAGCCCGGCACUGAGGGGGGAGAGAAGGACAGGGGCUGUCACACCGGGAAUGGUGCUCCAGCUCUUGGGGAAAGGAACUGAACAAUGCGUCGAGGGGGAUGGCGGAAUCGAGCCAGCGACAAAGAUGGAUGGGGUGUCUGGGGUGGAUACAUGGCAGCUAAAGUGCAGAAAUUAGAUGAGCAGUUUCGAUCAGAUGCUCCAUUGCAACAGCAGAAGGAUGGAACCUCGUCCAAGAUCUUUAAUGGGGUUUCUAUAUAUGUCAAUGGAUAUACUGAUCCUACUGCUGAUCAGCUGCGUCAUCUAAUGAUGCUGCAUGGAGGACAAUACCAUGUUUAUUAUUCUCGAUCUAAAACAACACACAUCAUUGCAACAAACCUCCCAAAUAACAAGAUCAAGGAAUUAAGAGAUGAGAAAGUUGUCCGACCAGAGUGGAUAACAGAAAGCAUAAAAGCUGGCCGCCUACUUUCAUAUGUUCCCUACCAGUUGUAUACAAAGCAGUCCAGUGUUCAAAAAGGCCUAAAUUUUACCUCCAUGUUCAAGAGAGAUGAUCCUUUACCAGGGCCCAGCAAUAUUAGUAGAGAUUUCAGCCAAAGAGAAAACAGUACAACAAAGGAUUUCUUUGCAAGGCCAAGCAGUGUUCCAGAUGGACUGGAAGAAGAUGAGCACAAAAAUGGUGAUUUUGAAAUGUUGGAUUUGGAGCAAAUAUUUUCUGAUCAUAAGCCUAAUGGACUACAGAACCACAUAGACAAUACAGCUGUGUAUAUUAAACACACCCCCAUCUCUAAUGGUGCCUUAAAGCCACUGGAUAGCACAGUGCAAUUAAAUAGCUCUUUUGCAAGGAGACUUGAUUUGUUGCAGUCACAGGAAAAGCCUGAUCAGGACUGUGUUGACAAUACAGACUGCACUGUGGAGCAUUUGCAACCAAACAGCAGACAAACAGAUGUUUUCUGCAAUCCUCAUAGGACUUCAUCCUUACCCUCAUCCUCAUGUUUGCACACAAAUUCGAAAAUUAAUGGUGCUCACCACUCGCUUCCGGGGCCUUCAAGCACAAGCACUACUGCACUCUCCCCUGCCAAGCUGGCCUCUCUACAGCUGCCUAAAACAGCUGACCCCAAUUUUAUUUCAGAUUUUUAUUCUCACUCCAGACUUCAUCAUAUAUCGACGUGGAAGUGUGAGUUCACUGAGUUUGUGCGCGGUCUACAGACUCAAAGUAACAAAGGCUUCCCAGGUCGGGAGAGGUUAAAAAAAUUAAAGCCUGGUAAUAUGCCUCCUUCCACAUUACCGAAGUGCCAGAACUGUAUCAUACACGUAGAUAUGGACUGCUUCUUUGUAUCUGUGGCUAUUCGCAACCGUCCGGACCUCAAAGGAAAACCAGUCGCUGUUACAAGCAACAGAGGUGCUGGAACAACGACAACGCGGGAAGGAGCUAAUCCUCAGCUAGAGUUUCAGUAUUAUCAAAACAGGAUACUAAAGGGAAAAGCUGAGAUUCCUAAUGAACAAGAUCAGCCUACAUCUAUCAGUUCAGAUUCUGCACAACAAAAUGGUCUAGACCUGGAUAUUUCACAUCUAUCCAUGGCAGAAAUCGCAUCUUGCAGUUAUGAAGCAAGGCAAGCUGGAGUGAAAAAUGGAAUGUUCUUUGGAAAAGCUAAACAGUUAUGUCCUGAACUCCAAGCUGUUCCCUAUGAUUUUGACGCAUACAAAGAGGUCGCCAUGACCAUGUACAGAAUUUUAGCGAGCUACACUCAUGAUAUAGAGGCAGUGAGCUGUGAUGAAGCACUUGCUGAUAUUACUGGAAUCCUUACCGAGACAAGACUUACACCUGAUGAAGCAUCAAAUGCUAUUCGCACAGAGGUUAAAGAGAAAACUGGGUGUGCUGCAUCCGUUGGCAUAGGUUCCAAUAUUCUGCUGGCUAGAAUGGCAACACGUCGUGCUAAACCAGAUGGGCAAUAUCAUUUAAAACCAGAGGAAGUGGAUGAUUUUAUUAGAGGUCAACUAGUUAAUAACUUGCCAGGAGUUGGCAGGACUAUAGAGUACAAACUAUCAUGUCUUGGAGUUAAAACCUGUGGUGAUCUCCAAAAUAUUACAAUGGCAAAGCUCCAAAAAGAAUUUGGUCCAAAAACAGGACAAAUGUUGUACCGAUUUUGUCGUGGCCUGGAUGAUCGGCCCAUACGAAAAGAGAAGGAAAGAAAAUCUGUGUCUGCUGAAAUUAACUAUGGCAUCCGCUUUACUCAGACAAGUGAAGCAGAAGCUUUUCUUAUAAAUCUUUCUGAAGAGAUUCAAAGAAGACUUGAAGUUGUAGGUAUGAAAGGCAAGAAAUUAACUCUGAAAAUUAUGGUGAGAAAAGCUGGUGCCCCGAUAGAGCCUGCAAAAUACGGUGGUCAUGGAAUCUGUGACAACGUUGCAAGGACUGUGACCCUUCACCAAGCAACAGCAAGUGCCAAGGUUAUUGGAAAAGAAGCUGUGGAUAUGUUUCAUACAAUGAAACUGAACAUCUCUGAUAUAAGAGGAGUUGGACUCCAAAUGCACCAACUUGUUCCAGUACAUGGACUGUCCAGCUUGGGUUCCACGUUAGUAAAAUCUGGUCCGUUGCCUGGUGGGUCACGUUCACUAAUGGAUAUGUUUCAAGGGCAAAAGAUGAAGAGCAUCUCUGAAGAGCAUGAUGGCAAAAAGGAUAUUGUCGCUGCUGUGGAUUUUGAAAUAGCAUCAGCAUCAGGCACUUGUUCUUCCAUCCCACAUUAUAAUAAAUCCAGCCAAGAACCAAGUACUAGCAAAGCAGCAUUCACUGGCCAAAGGAAUGGGUUUCACUCUCCAGUUAAUGUGAAAUCAGGACUCAAUUUUACCAUUGAAGUUCCAUCCCCUUCACAGGUUGAUCCUUCUGUUUUGGAAGCACUGCCUCCUGACAUAAGAGAACAAGUAGAGCAAACAGUUGGUUUCCGGCAAUGGAGAGCAAUGGAGAGCAAAAAUUACCCAGCACAGGAGGGCAGUAGUGAGCUAAAACAACAACCAGUAGCAACUGUGCUGCUGCAGAUCCCAAAUCUGUCAGAUCAAGGAGAGGAACAAGGCAUUAAUGUCAUUGCUCUCCCAGCCUUUUCACAGGUUGAUCCAGAAGUAUUUGCUGCCUUGCCUGCUGAUCUCCAGGAGGAACUAAGAGCUGCAUACGGCCAAAGGAAUAAAGAGACUGAUAAUAACAUCAACUCAACAUUUGUUUCAAAAAAUCCAUUGCUACAGUUAAGAAAGCCUUUGGAAAAGUCAAAGAAAAGGAGCAGAAAGAAAAAUAAGGGCAGCCCAACCAAAAGGAUUCACAGCCCUUUAAAAACCAUACUCUUUAGCAGUCCCCUCAAAAACGGCUUUUCUGCUGGCAGCCCUCAAAAGUUAAAGGAUGUUCCCCUAAAACAAGAAGCCAAACCUUCUGGGCAGUCUCAGGUUGAACUAGGUCCUUCCACUUCAAAUGAUGCAAAAUUAUUGGCUCAAAACCACAAUUCCUUCAAGUCAAAACCACCUAACCUCGCUGGUGCAGUUGAAUUUAAUGAUGUGAAGACCUUAUUAAGAGAGUGGAUUACCACCAUUUCUGAUCCCAUGGAAGAAGACAUACUGCAGGUAGUUAAAUACUGUACUGAUCUUAUAGAAGAAAAGGACUUGGAGAAACUAGAUUUGGUCAUAAAGUACAUGAAAAGGUUAAUGCAGCAAUCUGUGGAGUCUGUAUGGAACAUGGCAUUUGACUUCAUUCUGGACAAUGUUCAGGUUGUUCUACAACAAAUGUAUGGAAGCACACUGAAAGUUGUUUAGCUUUUGUUUAACAUGAGGCAGAGGGGGCCUGGCGCUCCCUUCUAGCUGUGCCAUAAGUGCUUGUGAGGUAUUUGAAAAGUGCAUGGUAUGCUCAGAGUUCCAUCAUUUUACUUUUCUUUUUAAAGUACAUUUUGUACAUUCUUUUUGUUUGUUUUCAGAAGUGCCAAAUUUGUCAGUAUUGCAUGUAAAUAUUUGUGUUUUAACAUUCUUUUAUUGUAGUAUAGGCUCUCUUUGCAAACUGUUGUUUAUAAAGGUUUUAUGGAUUUUUACAGUGAAGUGUUCACAGUUGUUUAAUAAAGAACUGAAAGUACA